CCACCACUGUCCUUGCGCCCCCCCCCCUCGCUAACGGUUUAUAGGGAAAAGAAAUGAACAAGUGGACAAAGUCAGGACAGCCAAAGUGUAACAAUUGUUCGCGCGUUGGUCACUUCGCCAAGUGUUGUCCGGACAGACAGAUGCUGGAAGGAUUGCUAGCCAUGGGUAAAGCUAAGAUGGAAGAGGACAAGAAGGAGGCUGAAGCUAGAGCGCGGCUCAAGAAGAAGCUCGCUGAGAAACAGAAGAAAGAAGAGAGAAAGGAGAGGAAAAAGAAGGAGAGAAAGGCACGCAAAGAGAUGAAGGGUGUCACCGGUGAAAAGGAGUCCGACAAGGAAAACGAGAACAUGGAGGCGGCCGAUAUAGAGGAGGCUAGCAAGGAGAAAACGCUUGAUGAUGAUGUAGUGAAUGAGGCUAGUAUAGCGCUGAAGAGAGCACUUGUGAUUUCGAAGUGAAUGAAG